UCAUUACCUUCCCAAUUUGGUUAGGCAAAAGCCACAGGCAGAAUUCUCAAGUAGUACCUCUCGACGUCAACCACUACCCAUUUAAUUGCUAGCAUCCAAAGGCCUGCCAUUUGAUUCCCAUGGCCAUCGCCGGUAGUCGAAGCCGACCGCUCAUCCGCCUAUGGGUUGUCCUCGCCGCGGCGCUGGGGCCGGCGGCUUCCUCCGCCACCGGGCUCGGCUUCGAGUUCCACCAUCGGUUCUCCGACCGCGUGCGGCAGUGGGCUGAGGCCCGCGCCAUCCCCGGCGUCUGGUGGCCCGAGAAAGGCGCCGCCGAGUACUACGCCGCCCUCGCUCACCACGACCGCGCCCUCCGCGGCCGCUCUCUCGCUGACGCUGGCGGCUCGGAUCUCACGUUCGUCGACGGCAACGCCACCGUCAGGCUCAGCUCCCUGGGAUUCUUGCAUUACGCGAUUGUGGCGUUGGGGACGCCGAAUGUAACGUUUCUGGUGGCGUUGGACACCGGGAGUGAUCUGUUCUGGGUGCCCUGUGAUUGCUUGCAGUGCGCUCCCACAGAAUACGGAAACCUUAUGUUUGACAUAUACAGUCCCAGUAGAUCAUCGACAAGCCAAUCCAUCCUCUGCAACAACAGCUUAUGUGACCUCCAAAAUAGCUGCCCUGGAGCAACCAGCAGUUGCCCUUACAUUGUUCAAUACUUAUCUGAAAACACUUCAUCUUCUGGAGUACUAGUUGAAGACAUUCUGUACCUGACGAUAGAGGACACUACUGCUCGAGUUGUUGAAGCACCAAUUGUAUUCGGUUGUGGAGUGGUUCAGACUGGUUCAUUUCUACGCAGUGCAGCUCCUAAUGGCUUGUUUGGACUUGGCAUGGAGAAGAUAUCAGUGCCCAGCAUUUUGUCGAGUAAGGGAUUGACUUCAAAUUCUUUCUCCAUGUGCUUCGGACGUGAUGGUUUUGGUAGAAUUACUUUUGGACAUAAAGGUAGCUCAGACCAACAAGAAACUGCACUCAUUAUUGACAGCAGACACCCAUCCUACAAAAUCAAUAUAAAUGGAAUAAUAGUCGGGAAUAGUUCCACUGACAUGGUGUUUAGUGCUAUUGUCGACUCUGGUACCUCCUUCACAUACUUGGCUGAUCCAGCUUACACAAAUCUCGCUGAGAGCUUCGAUGAACAAGUUCAGGAGAAACGGUACAAAGCAGAUGCAAAUGCAGGUUUUCCUUUUGAUUAUUGCUACGAGUUGAGUCCCACGCAAACUACAAUCUCAGGACCUAAAAUAAAUCUAAAAACAGAUGGUGGAAGUGCUCUUCCCGUUAAUGAUCCAAUUAUUGUGAUUGAGAUUCAGAAAAUGCAGUCUGUAUAUUGCCUGGCUGUUCUGAAGAGCACUGGACUGAAUAUAAUUGGACAAAAUUUCUUGACAGGGCUUCGCGUAGUCUUUGACAGAGAGAGGCUGAUCCUGGGUUGGAAGAAUUUUGACUGCUACAGUUUGGAGAACUCUGGCAAUCUCUCUGUGCACAAUUCUUCCACAACUCAUCCAGCUGCUCCUGCACCAAGCACUUACACUCAGGAGGCCACAAAGGUCAGGAGCAAUACUGCUCAGGCUCCAGCAGCAGUUGCGCCUUCAAUCCAUUCAUCACACUUCUUUACAAGUCUCUUCCUGACAUCUCUAAUUUUCUCUCUGGUCAGCCUCUAAUGAUUUCAUUUCAGACUCUAAGCCUCAUACCAAAAUUCACACAGGGAGCUCAGUGAUUAUAAUGUUUUCUUUUUACCUUAAUCCUUACUAUACUUCCAGUCCCAUGAAUUAUCUGAUGUAUAAAUUGCAAUUGAUGCCAAUAGAAAUCAUUCCAUGUAAAGAUAGAUGUUAUAAGUUAGCUGUCUGUAAUUCUUGCUAGCUACUAUUAAAUGUCAAACUUAUAUAAGAAAGUCAUCUUUCUGCGGAAAGAAAAUCCACAUUAUGGUA